AUGGCCCGCCUCCCAGCCCACGCCUCCCAGAGCGCCCUGCGGCGUUUCCGCACGACACCCCGCAGCACCGCCUACGCCCUGCGACACCUGGCCUCCGACAGCAAGCCCCCCGAGCGCGUGUCGAACGAGGACAAGGCCGGCCGGUCGUUCCAGGGCCAGGUGACGGGCAGCAUCACGCAGCGUCUGGCGCGCGAGAGGGCGGAUCGCGAGCGGUUUGCCAAUGAGCGUGAAAAGUCGGCGUCAAGCCGGAGCUAUGCCCUGACCUUUGUCCUGCUCUUCACCAUGGGCUCGUCCUACUACCUCGGCACGCUCUACCCGCCCAAGCCCAGCGAGGACUCGACGCUGCCGCUCGACAAGACGAUCGCGCCCGAGCACAAGACCAACAUGGAGAACAUGCAGGCGGCGUGGGCCGACUUUGUCCACAUUCUCGGCAAGGAGCACGUCAGCACGGCGCCCAACGACCUCGACCACCACGCGUCGUCCGAGUGGUCGUCUCACCCGGCCAAGGCGUCGGAGCGGCCCUUUUGCGUCGUCUUCCCCUCGUCGACCGAGGACGUGGCGGCCAUCAUGAAGGUGUGCCAUCGGCGCCGCAUCCCCGUCGUCGGCUACAGCGGCGGCACGUCGCUCGAGGGCCACUUUGUGCCGACGCGCGGCGGCGUGUGCGUCGACUUUGGCCGCAUGAACAAGGUGCUGGCGCUGCACGAGGCCGACCUCGACGUCGUCGUGCAGCCGGCCGUCGGGUGGGAGGCGCUCAACGACCAGCUCGGCGCCUCGGGCCUCUUCUUCCCGCCCGACCCGGGCCCCGGCGCCAUGAUCGGCGGCAUGGUCGGCACGGGCUGCAGCGGCACCAACGCCUACCGCUACGGCACCAUGCGCGAGUGGGUGCUCUCGCUGACCGUCGUGCUCGCCGACGGCACCGUCAUCAAGACGCGCCAGCGGCCGCGCAAGAGCUCCGCCGGCUACGACCUCACCAAGCUCUUCAUCGGGUCCGAGGGCACGCUGGGCCUCGUCACCGAGGCGACCCUCAAGGUGACGGUCAAGCCGGCGUCGACGUCGGUCGCCGUCGCCACCUUCCCCUCGAUCCGCCACGCCGCCAACUGCGUCGCCCGCGUCGUCGGCGCCGGCGUGCCCGUCGCCGCCGUCGAGAUCCUCGACGACCUGCAGAUGCGCUGCAUCAACGACUCGGGCACGACGGGCCGCGCCUGGCAGGAGGCGCCGACGCUCUUCUUCAAGUUUGCCGGCACGGCGCGCGGCGUCAAGGAGCAGGUCGCCCUCGUCCAGGGCUUCGCCGGCCAGGCCGGCGGCAGGUCGUUCGAGUUUGCCCGCAGCGAGGAGGAGCAGCACGACCUGUGGAGCGCCCGCAAGGAGGCCCUCUGGAGCACCAUGGCCGCCAAGCGCGACGGCGACCACGUCUGGACCGGCGACGUCGCCGUGCCCAUGAGCCGGCUGCCCGACAUCAUCGAGGAGACCAAGGACGCCAUGGGCAAGAGCGGCCUCUUCGGCACCAUUGUGGGCCACGUCGGCGACGGCAACUUUCACAGUGAGUUUCUCUUCCUUCCUUCCUCGUCACGCCUCGUUUUCGUCGGCACCGGGCACACACAUCUAACGGGCCAGUCAUUCUGCUGUACAACGACAAGGAGCGCAAGCGGGCCGAGACGCUCGUGCACAACAUGGUCAAGCGCGCCGUCGAGAUGGAGGGCACCGUCACGGGCGAGCACGGCGUGGGCCUCGUCAAGAGGGAUUACCUCCCGCACGAGCUCGGCGAGACGACUGUCGACGCCAUGCGACAGGCGUUCGACCCGCUCUGCCUGCUUAACUGCGACAAGGUGGUCCGGAUGCAGAAGCCCAAGGCGGGCGAGGUCGCCGAGUGGUAGAGGGUGGAUGGGCACGUUCAUGUACGAUGGAAGCUGUUGUAACACUUGGAAUGGGAGCUGGCCUGCUUGCCCUGUUGCUCUGCUACAGGCUGUUCAAGACUACAGGCUGUUGGAGCCAGGCGCCGUCUCCCUUGAACGUGAUGCCUCUGUGAUUCAACGGUGCGGCACAGCGUAA